CCUGUCCCGUAAACUUCCUCUUUUGUGAUUUGUCGUGAAACUGUGCAGUGUUCUCCUCCGAGCUAAGGUCAUUUUUUGACGACUUGCGCGGUUUUAUUGAAAAGAACCCCCUUAAAUAAUGGCUCUUAACAAAGCUGAACUAGCCUGUGUUUACUCGGCACUGAUUCUGGUCGAUGAUGAUGUUGCCGUGACGGAUGAGAAGAUUGCGACCAUCCUGAAGGCCGCCAACGUUGAAAUCGAGCCGUACUGGCCUGGCCUGUUCGCCAAGGCUCUGGAAGGCAUCGAUGUCAAGAGCCUGAUCACUAGCAUCGGCUCCGGUGUUGGUUCCGGUGGUGGUGCCCCGGCUGCUGCCGCUGCUGGUGGUGCUGCUGCCCCGGCUGCCGCUGAAAAGAAGGAGGAGAAGAAGGAAGAAGAGCCAGAGGAAUCCGAUGAUGACUUGGGAUUCGGUCUCUUCGGUUAG